AGUACCGCACAACAAAUAAUCAGCCAACUUAGACGAAGAGAGUUUCGGGGGAGCAGCGCUUCAGGCUCGGAUAGGAUGGCAAGCCUGGCGAGCGAGCGGAGAGCGUUUGCUCACAAGAUUAACAGGACGGUAGCUGCAGAGGUCAGGAAGCAGGUAUCCAGGGAGUAUGGCUCUCCUCAGCUGUCCAAAAAACGAGCUGGGGCCCAUCAGCCGGUGCCCCUUACAGAGGUAGUGGAGCCGGUAGACUAUGAGGAAUAUGUGAGCAGUCAUGCCCCCAGUCCUGAGCCUGGACCUCUCAGGCAACUACUGGAGUUUCCUAAUGAUGACCUGGAGCUCAUUCUGCAGGAGAGAGAGUGCACAACACUGGAGCCAGCCCUGCCUGAGGAAGACACAGUGGAUCCGAGAGUUAGAGAUGCGCUGGGGGUGUACACCGAUGACUGGCUCAUCAUUCAGAGGAAGUAUCAGCGCUAUAGCUCCAUGCAGACUCCUCACAACACAGAGCGGCAGAGGGAGAAGCAGAAGGGGCUGGUCAAGCAGACGUUUGAACUAGAUGAAGCUGCUGCAGCGGAACGACAGGAUGAUCAGGAUGACUCUAAGAGGAGAUCAGUGUCUCUGGAUGACACACCACGGGGCAGCUGGGCCUCCAGUAUCUUUGACCUGAAGAAUUCAUCCCCAGAUGCUCUUCUGCCGUCUCUGCUGGAGCGCACGGCUGCUGAGGACAUGGACCGCCGCAACACUGAGAACCGUCAGCAGGGGCGCCACCCUGACUUGCUGGGGCUUUAUCCUGCACCAGAUGAGGAUGAGGCUGUGGAGAGGUGCUCAGUCCCUGAGGUGCCCAGAGAACACACAGGCCAGCGGAUCAUGGUCAAGUGUCUUUCUCUCAAGUUUGAAAUUGAAAUCGAACCAAUAUUUGGGACACUGGCGCUGUAUGAUGUGAAGGAAAAGAAAAAGAUUUCAGAGAACUUCCACUUUGACCUGAACUCAGAACAGAUGAAGAGCCUGCUGCGCUCCCACACCCCCCAUACGGCCAUAUCCACCCUCGCCCGCUCUGCCAUCUUCUCCAUCACCUACCCCUCUCCUGACAUCUUCCUGGUCAUAAAGCUGGAGAAAGUGCUGCAGCAGGGAGAUAUAGGAGAGUGCUGUGAGCCAUAUAUGGUCAUGAAAGAAUCAGAUUCUACUAAGCACAAGGAGAAGCUGGAGAAGCUGAAGUCUCAGGCAGAGCAGUCGUGCAGUAGGCUGGGUCGUUUCCGAAUGCCCUUCGCUUGGACGGCCAUCCACCUCCUCAACAUUGUCAGCAGUGUCGGGGGGCUGGAGCGGUCUGACUCCGAUUCAGACACAGAGCGCAAGGGAACAUGGAAUGAAAGAAAGAAGAAGGGAUUUGAGAGGAUGAGUGUGGGAGAAGACAUGUGCAACUUCACCAACUUCCGUCCAGCCACUCUCACAGUGACGAACUUCUUUAAACAGGAGGGAGACAGGCUGAGUGAUGAGGACCUAUAUAAGUUUCUUGCUGACAUGAGGAGGCCGUCAUCUGUGCUGCGCCGUCUCAGACCUGUCACAGCUCAGUUAAAGAUUGAUAUUUCCCCUGCUCCUGAGGCUCCUCACUACUGUCUGUCUCCUGAACUGCUCCAUGUCAAGCCCUACCCUGACUUGCGCGUGCGUCCCACCAAGGAAGUGUUGGAGUUUCCUGCACGCUAUGUUUAUACCCCACACACCGCUUACAGGAACCUGCUGUACGUGUAUCCUCAGAGUCUAAACUUCAGCAGUAGGCAGGGCUCUGUGCGCAACAUUGCAGUGAAGGUGCAGUUCAUGGCAGGAGAAGACCCCAGCCAGGCUAUGCCUGUCAUCUUUGGGAAAUCCAGCUGUGCAGAGUUCUACAAGGAGGCAUAUACACCAGUCAUCUACCAUGACAAGUCUCCUGAGUUCUACGAGGAAGUGAAGAUGAAGAUUCCUGCCAAUCUGACUGACAACCACCACCUGCUUUUCACCUUCUACCACAUCAGCUGUCAGCCAAAGCAGAAUACACCGUUGGAGACGCCUGUGGGCUACACUUGGAUUCCUCUGAUGCAGCAUGGUCGUCUGCGCACGGGGUCCUUCAGCCUGCCUGUGUCUGUGGAGAAGCCUCCACCCAGCUACUCUGUCCUCACCCCUGAUGUGCAGCUACCAGGAAUGAAGUGGGUGGACAAUCACAAAGGAGUGUUCAAUGUAGAGGUGACGGCUGCCUCCUCUGUUCACACUCAGGAUCCUCACUUGGAUAAGUUCUUUACUCUGGUAUAUGUGCUGGAGGAAUACUCCUUCCCGUUCCGACUGAAGGAUGUGAUCAUUACUGAGGCCAACGUAGAGGCUGAACUGAAGGCCAGCAUGGCUGCCCUGAAAGGGGCGCUGUUGGAUACCUGUGUACGCUUCCUGCACCAGCUGCUGAACAAACUUAUCCUCCUUAUCGUCCACCCCCCUGUCAUCGCUGGCCAGAUUGUCAACUUGGGCCGGGCUGCCUUUGAAGCAAUGGCUCUCCUAGUCAACCAGAUCCAUAAGAAUCUAGAAGGGAAUCAGGACCAGCACGGCCGCAACAGUCUGCUGGCCUCCUACAUCCACUACUGCUUCCGUCUACCCACCACAGAGCCUGCGUCUCCCCCUACUGUGGGUGGACCCUCCUACGAGCUUCCCAUCCAGUAUGCCACAUUAUCCCGAGCAACGGGUCGCCCUAGCAGUCUGCACCUGUCCCGCUCCAAGAGCAUCAGCAACUCCAACCCCGAUCUAGCUUCCACGCCCGCCUCGCCAGACGAGGAGGUGCAGAGAAUCAUCGGCAGCAAGGGAAUAGACCGCUCUCACUCCUGGGUUAACUCUGCUUAUGCUCCUGGGGGCUCCAGAGCCGUGCUCCGACGGAACCCCAACUCCAGCUGUGAGCUCAAGCAGGCCAGCGAGCGGGGCGCUAACCGCAUGUCGGCCUUCAUCGAGAGCGCCUCCUUCCUCUCACCACCUUCCAGACACAUCGCCAGGAAGUUACUGCAUGAGGAGCUGGCUCUGCAGUGGGUUGUGAGCACCAGCACAGUGAGAGAGGCAGCACUGCAGCAGGCCUGGUUCUUUUUCCAGCUCAUGACGAAGAGCAUGGCCCAUCACCUGUUCCUCACCUCCCGGCUGGACAUCCCAAGACGCCAGCGUUUCCCUGAUCGCUUUGUGGACGAUAUUGCAGCCCUGGUGUGUGCCAUCAGUGCAGACAUAGCCAGCAGAUACCACAAGGAUGUUGAGCUUGUGGAGAGAUUAAACAGCAGUCUGGCCUUCUUCCUCAAUGACCUGCUUUCUCUCAUGGACCGAGGCUUUGUGUUCAACCUCAUCCGCUCUUACUAUAAACAGAUCUCCAAUAAGCUGCACACAGCACAGAACCCCAGCUCUCUCACAGCUCUGAGGAUGGACUUCAUACGUAUAGUCUGCAGUCAUGAGCAUUAUGUAACUCUCAAUCUGCCAUGCUCUACUCUCAGCCCUCCUGCCUCUCCCUCACCUUCUACCUCCUCCACCACUUCACAGAGUUCGGCCUUCUCUUGUCCGAUGCAGGACCAGGGUGUUGUCACCAUGUUUGAGUUAUCUGUACCCUUUCGCCAGCAGCACUUCCUGUCUGGCUUGCUGCUUUCAGAGCUCGCGCUCAUCCUAGAGCCGGAUGGAGAGGGUGUUUUCUUUUUGCACAAGAAGGCCAUCAGCGCAGUGCACUCUCUCCUGUGCAGUCAUGAUGCGGACCUACGCUACACCGACCCCCAGGUCCGCACUCACAUCGCCCAGCUUUACCUGCCGCUCAUCCCCAUCGUCAUGGAGACGCUUUCUCAGCUCCAUGACUUUACGGAUACCUCACCCCAGCGCGUGCGGCACGCCUCUGCACUUGUCGACGAUGGUGAUCCAGACAACGGCACCAUCAACCCAUCUGUUGCCAUGGCAAUAGCCGGUUCCCCACUGCCCCAUUCUAAAGUCAAUCCAUUCACUCUGCCUUCAGUGGCGGGUCGUCAGUGCAGCACUCUCUCUGCUGAGUGCAGCAGGACUCUGCUGGUGAGUGUGCUGUGGGUGCUAAAGAACGCUGACGCGGCCUUGCUGGAGCGCUGGCUCUCAGAGCUCUCCGUGCUGCACAUUAACCGCCUGCUCGACCUGCUGCACCUCGCCAUCUCCUGCUUCGAGUACAAGGGGAAGAAGGCUCUGGAACGGAUCAACAGCCUGACCUUUAAGAAGUCUCAGGACAUGAAGGCCCGACUGGAAGAGGCAAUCCUGGGUACUAUUGGAGCCCGACAGGAGAUGGUCCGCCGCUGUAGAGAAAGGAGUCCUUAUGGGAGCCAGGAGAAUGUGCGAUGGAGGAAGAAUGUCACGCACUGGAGACAGAACACAGACAGAGUGGACAAGACAAAAGCGGAGGUGGAGCAGGAGUCGGUGGUGGAUGGAAAUUUGGCGACUGAAGCCUCCUUAAUAGUCUUGGACACUCUGGAAAUCAUUGUCAAAACGGUGGUGCUGUCGGAGCUUAAGGAGAGUGUGCUGGGUGGGGUGUUAAGAGUUCUGCUCCACAGCAUGGCUGGCAACCAAAGUGCCCUCUUUCUGCAACACUGCUUCAGCACACAGAGAGCUCUGGUCUUCAAGUUCCCAGAGAUGCUGUUUGAGGAGGACACAGAGUUGUGUGCUGAUCUGUGUCUGCGUUUACUGCGCCACUGCAGCAGCAGCGUCGGCUCCGUGCGCAGUCAUGCUAGCGCCUCUCUCUACCUUCUCAUGAGACAGAACUACGAGAUUGGCAAUAACUUUGCGCGAGUGAAGAUGCAGGUCACUAUGUCCCUGUCAUCUCUUGUGGGCACCUCCCAGAACUUUAACGAGGAACAUCUGCGCCGCUCGCUCAAGACCAUUCUCACCUAUGCUGAGGAAGACCUGGAGCUCAGAGACUCACCCUUCCCUGAGCAGGUUCAGGAUCUGGUGUUCAACCUCCACAUGAUUCUGACAGACACAGUGAAGAUGAAGGAGCAUCAACAGGACCCUGAGAUGCUGCUAGACCUCAUGUACAGAAUUGCUAAGGGCUAUCAGAACUCUCCGGACCUGCGUCUGACCUGGCUGCAGAACAUGGCUGGGAAGCACUCAGAGAGGGGAAACCAUGCUGAGGCAGCCCACUGCCUGGUACACAGCGCUGCCCUAGUUGCUGAGUACCUUAACAUGCUGGAAGACUGCCGCUACCUCCCCAUUGGCUGUGUCUCAUUCCAGAGCAUCUCAUCUAACGUGCUGGAGGAGUCAGCUGUGUCUGAUGACAUCCUCUCCCCGGAAGAAGAGGGCAUCUGUGCAGGGAAGUACUUCAGUGAGGCUGGGCUGGUGGGGCUGCUGGAACAAGCAGCUGCCUCCUUUAACAUGGCUGCAAUGUAUGAAGCUAUAAAUGAGGUCUAUAAGAUCCUUUGCCCCAUCCAUGAGGCCAACAGGGACUUCAAGAAGCUGGCUUCCGUCCAUGGAAAGCUACAGGAUGCCUUCAACAAAGUCUACAACCAGAGCUCAGGAUGGGAGAGGAUGUUUGGGACCUACUUCCGCGUGGGUUUUUACGGUUGUCGCUUCGGGGAUCUAGACGAGCAGGAGUUUGUGUAUAAGGAGCCCUCUAUUACCAAGCUGGCUGAGAUUUCACACAGGCUGGAGGAGUUUUAUUCAGAACGCUUUGGUGACGAAGUUGUGGAGAUCAUCAAGGACUCCAACCCUGUGGACAAGAACAAGCUGGACCCAAACAAGGCAUAUCUUCAGAUCACAUAUGUGGAGCCCUUCUUUGACACAUAUGAGCUAAAGGAACGAAUCACUUACUUUGACAAGAACUACAACCUGCGCACAUUCAUGUACUGCACACCAUUCACGCUGGACGGCCGCGCACACGGAGAUCUGCACGAGCAGUACAAACGCAAAACCAUCCUGACCACCUCCCACGCAUUCCCUUACAUCAAGACCCGCAUCAAUGUUAUCCAGAAGGAGGAGAUAAUCCUCGUUCCAAUUGAAGUAGCUAUUGAGGACAUGCAAAAGAAGACUCAGGAGUUGGCCUUCGCCACCCACCAGGAUCCUGCUGACUCCAAGAUGCUGCAGAUGGUGCUGCAGGGAUGUGUGGGUACGACCGUCAACCAGGGUCCUCUAGAGGUAGCCCAGGUCUUCUUGUCCGAAAUCCCAGAGGAUCCAAAGCUCUUCCGGCAUCACAAUAAACUACGUCUCUGCUUUAAGGACUUCACAAAGAGAUGUGAAGAUGCUCUGAGGAAGAACAAAGCUCUGAUUGGGCCGGACCAAAAGGAGUACCAUCGCGAGCUGGAGAGGAACUACAGUAAACUGAAAGAGGCUCUGUCCCCUCUAAUUAACCGCAAGAUCCCCCAGCUGUACAGAACACUACAGCCACUGACUCCCACACCUACACAAAGGAAUUCUCUCAGCAGGUCCAGCUUUCGCCGGACUGACUGCUAAAGAGCACCGACGUCCAAUGCAGGGCCAGGCACGAACCCCGUGCCCAGGCACCAAACUGCCUUCUCCUACACCGUGCAUGACCUUCCUGGGCCUGCUCCCCCUCUGCCCUGCUCUCCCUGUGCUGUGUGAGGAACCACGUGUUUACUCAGAAGGGUUAUCUGUGGCAUAAACAUGGUCUCCUCGUCUCUCCUGAGGCUGGGCAGUGAAAGCUGCUCAGGCAGACUCUGUAGGGGAAAAGCUCCAAAAACGAGAACUCCUUACAGGCUGGAGGUAAUUUUAGAUUUUUUGCCCGACAUGGGAAUCCAAAUAGUCCACUGCACUUCCUCCUUUUGUGCUUGUUGUGUGCUUUUUUUUUUGUGUGUGUGUGUGUGUGUGUGUGUGUGUGUGUGCACGCAUGCGCAGGAGUGGGGAGAGAGAGUGAGUAAAACUGUGUGAGUGUACUGGUGUAAUGUUUUUGCCAUCGAGAGCUCUGCAGUGUUGAGUAAUUCAGCACUUUAAGUCUAGUGAAUCCUUCUCACUGCCAUUCUGAGCCCAGCCAGAAGAGCUGACCAAAGCCUUUAUGUUUCGCUACCAUGUCCCAAAAAUAUUUAUACUCUGUGAAAUGUUUAGACACAUUAGUUUUCCCCAUUGGCUCAGGGAGUGACUAUGAUAACUGCUGAAAACGUGAUGCUCUCCUCCCUGAGCCCUGAGAAGCUUGGCUCAAGCCAUCGGUCAUGACAUUCCCACAGCAAUCACUAAACUCGUAAUGCCGAUGGGUACAGAACACAAGGAAAGCUGCGGAUUGUGGGGCAUAUAGAAGGUUAAAACUGCACAAGUGUAGUAACAGCACUGACAAAGCACACUACCACUGCACUGUAGGGAAUUGAGACUGCCACUUGUUCUUAGAUCUGCACUCACUCAAUCACUUGUUAAUGUGUUUCUUAUUGAAUGCACAGAGGUGAAAUGUAGCCCACUAGUCUAUACUGUAGUAAAGCAAUCUAUUUUAUAACUGGACACAAGGGGAACUUGACAAUGGUGAAAAAAUACAGGGUGACGUAUCUAGUUCUUCUGCACUGUCCUGGAAUGAAACUACUGCUAGUCUUAUAUUCACAUAACUACUAUAAUGGACACUAUUGUAUCUGCUGUCUUGCACAUUCUAAUGUCCAUGUGAUGUCUACUGUUUUCUCAGCUCCAAAUACUGUGCAAAAUACUGACCUAAAACUGUACUGUCAAUAACCAAACUUUUAUUUAUUUGUGUAUAUUUCUUUUUUACUGUUUGUAUUAAACUUGAUUCUUAAUCUUUA